GUCUGCUAUUUAUUUAUUGUAUUGAUCGUUGGUAUCUAGAUACAAGAUGUCUGGCCACUUGGUUUGCAAAUCGGGCUUUGGCCUCGGCAAGGUUGCCAAAUUGAUGUUGGCUUCCGUUGUUGUACUUAGUGCCUUCAGUGGUAACGUUUGGGCUAACGAAGCUGAGGUACCUCAGGAACCCGUUGAGAAAAAGAAGGAGGGUGGUAAGGGUUCGUGGUUUUGGAAAAAGGGUGAUUCAGAGAAGGAGGAUUUGCAAAAAUUGCCUCCCAAAAACAUCCCAUCAAUCACCACCUCGAGUAAUACAGAAAAGACACCACUGAAGGACUUUUCUGUUACGCUUGGACCUGCCAAGAGGUGUUGUGCUCCUUGGUUAAAGAAGGGUGAAGUUGAUCUUUCUAUGUUGAAGAAGCGCAUUAGUUUGUUGUUGCACAGAGUGACUAACUAUGGUCCGGGAACACCCGGCUUUGGAAUUUCUGAGAACAUUGUGGAGCUGUUCAACAAUAAAGGCACCAUUGUGGUACCAGAAGAUAUUGCAAGGGAUCUUUGUCGUUUGCCUUCAGGCAAAGCCAUGUUAUAUGAAUGGAAAUGCUUCACCGACGAGUUUGCAAGGUACAUAGCUGAAAUGCUAACAGUGAAUGCCUAUGGUGAAUUGUCAAUAACAGAAUCAUGGAUCAAAAAAAUUAUCAAAUCUAUACGCAAUAAAGGAAUGACAAAAACUAUGAAAGAAUUAAGUUCGAAGGGAAUGAAAGAAACUCUAAAAGAUAUAUUUAGUAAGGAAAACUACGAUUACUACAAAAGCAGACAUGAUUCAUAUGAUAAAGUUAGAAAACACGUGCUAUCUGCUUUGACACGUAAGCCAAAUUUUGAUGCACCGAGUAAACAGAUGGAAUCAGACACAAAAGGAUCCACAGCUGAGACUCCAUCAACUGAUGCAUCUGCAUAAGAGUGAAAAAUCUCCAUAUUGGAUGGUAUCGACUGCAAAGUGUCAUGUAUUAG